AUGAGAAGGAAAAGAUUCCGCGAACCAAGUGAAGGCCAUAUUCUCAAGGACGAAAAUUGGGAACUAAAAAUUUUCCAUCAUAUUAUCUCAGAAAACAAUCCUAUGACUUGGUAUAACGCUAAAGAUUACUAUUGGCAUCUGUACAAUGACUUUUUCUGAGAAGAAUUUGAUCAGAGUAUUGGUUUUCCUGAGAAACACCAGAAAAGUUAAGUUCUACAAAUGCAUUCUCAAUGAAGUAUCAAAAUCGCAUUGUCCACUUCCUUAUCCGAAGAUACAAAAGCUGAUCUUCAACAACUGCCUAGAUAAUGAUGGAAAUUAUCUAAAUUAUGAAAACCCUGUUGCUAUACAGAUUCUAAAGUUCAUCAAAACUCUUGACCUGGACAAAUCCUUGCUCUCGGUAGGUUUCGAACCAAACUUCUCCAAUUACUCCAAAGUGCUAGUGCAACAACAAGUGGAGAUUGACAAUCAAAAGAUUCUGUAACAAUCUCAGCUCCUAAAAUAUCUUUGCACUAAAAUCCGCAGCCCAGUU